AUGUGUAGUGGAAAAAGCUUUAUGGAAUGGAGUUUGAAAGUCAAAGUUCCUCCUAAAGUGAAGGACUUAGUGUGGAGGGUUGCAUCUGGAUGUCUACCCACUAAAUUAAAGCUCCAUUUGCGCCAUGUACAGGUAGAUAUUGUUUACCCAAUGUGUGAGGAAGCAAGUGAGUCUAUUGCUCACUGCCUGGUGAACUGUAGUCAGAUCUGGCCGUGUUGGGAGAGGUUUGAUGUUCGUCUUCGUCCUCCUGACGAAGCUUCUUUCGCUGAGUGGUUGAGGCUCAGUUUUAAGGGUCGGGAUGCAGAGCAACGUGCCAAAUAUCUUAUGCUCUGCUGGGCAAUCUGGCGUAGGAGGAAUGAGUGGGUCUGGCGGAGGCGGAAGAUAUCUACGUUCGGGGUGCUCUCUUUGGCAAAUUCGACGCUCCAAACCUGGUUGCUUUCUCAAGAUGGUGAGGUUGCCCCUUUGCCGACUUAUAUGACGCCUGCAGAUGGACAAGCAUCGUGGACAAAGCCACCCCAAGGUCAGCUUAAAGUAAAUGUCGAUGCUGCCUUGUUUCGUGAAACAAAUUCAUUCAGCUUUGUGGGUGUGGCCCGAGAUCAUUUGGGUGCAUUUGUGGAGGCUUUUUCGGUUUGCAGGUUGGGCUUAGUCUCCCCUGAGCUUGCGAAAGUGAUGGGAAUCCGGGAAACAUUGAGCUGGAUCAAAAGGAAAAAUUGGAGAAAUAUUAUUGUUGAAACUGAUAGCUUACUAGUAGUUCAAGCUCUAAGGAGUAACUUGGAGUUGGAUUCCUACUUUGGGUGUUUAAUUCAAGAGUGUAAAAUCCUGCUGAGGGAUUCCAUUUCUGUUUCAGUUGUCUUUGUUAAACGUACUGCCAAUGGGACCGCUCAUGCUCUUGCAAGAGAGUCUACCAUGGUGGCUGUUCGUAGCUUAUUUAAGGAGGAUUUGACCUCUAGUUUCUGGACUGUAUUGCUGAGAGAUAUUUGA